AUGACUGGUUGCUCUGGAAAGCUGCAACUUUUGUUCUGCAGUCAAUGUGCAUCGAUGCUGCGCCAAGCUCAGCUCUGUCCAUCAUGUUUAUCGAUGCCAUCGGUGUGUGGAGGUGGAAUUGCCGAUUCGGUUGCUGAUUUCAAAUCACCACGUUCAGGAUCAUGGCUCUCGGAAACACCGUCAUCGAAUAUUGGUGGUGCAUUGGCUGGCACCAGUGAUUUGUCGCCACUCGAUUCAUCAUUUCUUUCAGUUUGGGAUCCAUUCUCACCAAAAACAAUCAUCAAGCAAGAGCUACAACGCCCGAUGAUUCAGGCUGCUUCUGCUCCAACAGUCGAUAGCAAGCUCUUCAGUUCGGCACAACUCUCCGAUACUUCAGCAGCAAUGCAGCCGCAGCAUCAUCCACUGCUUGAUGCAACUGCACUGGUAUUUCAAGGCGAAGGUGCUGCUGGUGCUACAGUAGCAGCAGCAGCAGCAGCAGCA